GCCCGAGGGACCACCGCCCCCGCCACGCCAUGGCCGAGAGCGACUGGGACACCGUGACGGUGCUGCGCAAGAAGGGCCCCACGGCCGCGCAGGCCAAGUCCAAGCAGGCCACCUUAGCGGCUCAAAGACGAGGUGAAGAUGUGGAGACAUCCAAGAAAUGGGCUGCUGGCCAGAACAAGCAGCAUUCAAUCACCAAGAACACAGCCAAGCUAGACCGGGAGACAGAGGAGCCGCACCACGACAGGGUGACCCUGGUGGUGGGCAAGGUGAUCCAGCGAGGCCGGCAGAGCAACGGGCUGACGCAGAAGGACCUGGCCACGAAAAUCAAUGAAAAGCCUCAAGUCAUUGCAGACUAUGAGAGUGGACGCGCCAUCCCGAAUAACCAGGUUCUGGGCAAAAUCGAGAGAGCUAUUGGCCUCAAGCUCCGGGGAAAGGACAUCGGAAAGCCCAUCGAGAAGGGGCCACGGGCGAAAUGAGCACAAAGCCUCGAAGCCAGUGCGUUCCGGCUGAGCUCUUCUGGUUGGUCCCUGACCACCAGCACUGCUGUGGGUCUCCCAGGUGGUGGAGUGGAAC